CUGAUGCCAUGGUAUGUCACUUUCCUGCGAUUCUGAAUUUGUCAGUCCUAGGAGAAGUUUCUGGAUUUUGACCAACACUUGCAGAAAGCUGGUUAUUUUGGAGGUUGAGCUAUUGUAGAGUGGGGGUGUUUAGUACUGUUUGAUUUCCGCAUCAUUGCAAAUAGAUCGCUAUUCAAUGUCUCAUCUUGGCUGGAGGGCAAUUUACAUUGAGCAUACUCAAUCUCUUUCUCUUCGUUAGGACAUUAAAAACAAGUGUGAAAUUGGCAUCAUUAACUACUGAGGAAUAAACUUAUGUCUGGUAGGAGCAUUGGUAGCUGCAACAAUCAUGCCCGAUAGUAGCAGAUGUUCUUGUGUUGUAACAGAACAAAUCAGAGUGAUUUAACCCUGAAGUGGAUACAGUCUAAUGCUCCAAUCCGCUUUUGCAAAGUUUUGGACUGCAAAUAGAUGCAGCGCAUUUUGGAUUAAGCAGACAGGGAUUUUCCAGAUAAACAUUAUCGAGGGACAAUUAUCUUGAAAAUGGACAAGUGCAAUUUCAAGAUGACAACUGGCGAAGAAAUUAAUCUUGCAGCUGCUGCCCAAUAGCUGCUUACUCUUCCUAUCAAAGUUGGUGAAUCUAAGGUAUAAUCUUGCAGCUGCUGCCCAAUAGCUGCUUACUCUUCCUAUCAAAGUUGGUGAAUCUAAGGUAUGUAGCAGAGUAGAUUUAUCUAGGUAUACACUUCUCAGUGUAGCAUGCCUGUAUUGACACGCAUGGGACGUGAAGAGAUUUUUUUCAUAUUGCUUCGGAUUUAGAAUGCUUUUCACAUAUGCUGAUCCAACAUUUUGUCUUUUCUGAAUGUAGAUUGACAAAAAGCUUUUGCAGAAGUAUUUUAUGAAGCAUCCUCAUGAAAAUCUUCCAGUCUUUGCUGAUAAGUACGUAAUCUUCAGAAGGGGCUUUGGACUUCAUCAUACAACCGGCUUCUUUUUCAAACAGAAAAUAAAUACAAUCCUUGCAUGUUUAUGGAGAUGCUUUUUGAAGAUGACAGGGCUCUGACGUCUUUUAUAAAGAAAGUCGUAUGCUCAAUCUGGGAAAGAUGCACAGGAACUCGAUGAAAUUAUCACUGACAUAGAGCAAGAUGACCUAUUUGUUGAACGUAUCCAUAUAGAAAACAUGAAACUCAGGCGGGCCAAAUCCAAAAAAGAAUUGGAUAGAGGAAUAUAUGUGAGGCAUUUCAAAAAGAUUCCAAUGGCUGAUAUGGACAUAGUUCUUCCUGAAAAGAAAAAUCUGAGUUUAUCUCCAAUGGAUUGGGUGAAGUUCCUUGUCUCUGCCAUCAUUGGUCUCGUCACUGUUGUUGGCUCUCUUAAUAAGUCUAAACCUAAUAUAAAAGUUCUAGCUCCAAUCCUCUCUGCUGUAAUUGGCUUUUGUGCAAAGGCAUACCUCUCGUUAAGUGUAUUUCUUUCUUCAAUCCCUGGUGCUUUACGAUAUAUAUUUCACUUGGUCAAUAUGCUUACCAGUUUUGAUUAGAAAUUUUACAAAAAUUGGCUGUUUCUUGAUUUUUAAGUCUGCCUUGAAAUGAGUUACGAACAUGCCCAAGUUUUCUCAACUACUUUCAGGUUUCAGCAAAACUUUACUGCAUAGCAGAACUUGAUCAUGCGAUCCAUGUAUGAAAGCCAGCUCGAUAGUGGAAGAGGCACUCUUCUUCACUUGUGUGACGAAGUGAUUCAAUAGGAAGUCCGUAGUCUGUUGCGAUAAAUUUUUGCCUUCUCUGAAACUAAUCUUCUAUGGACACUUAGGUAUACUUUUUCCUCUGAAACUAUGAGAAUUGUAUAGCCGUUCUGGUAGAUGGGUAGGUGUUCAAACCAAGUAGUUACAGUUUUUGACCACUUUGCUAUGUGAGUUCAAGUAAUUGAUGAAAUUCUAAUAAGAUCUUUUACAGCCCCACGCUAAUAACAAGGAAAAA